ACAUCGUACGUUAGGCUCUCUUAUUUGUUGUUACUUUCUCGUUAGAUUUUUGCCCGCUUUCUUUAUCGUUCUCGAUCUUCCUUUGUACUCGGAUCAGUCGAUGGGGAGGAUGGUCACGUUUUCCGCUGCCAAUACCUGUCGACGUGGUAAUUAAGUCAUGCCGGAGCGAUAAGUUAAGAUAAAGUAGCUCGCCGUUGAUAAGGUGUUAUUAAUGCCGAGGAAAGCUGCACCUUGGUCAGUAGAGACUUCUUCAAAGCAGCAUGUGGAAGUCAGCGCGCGAAGUGAUUUUUGCUGUUUUGUUAGCUGUAGCUGUGAUCAGCGGAGUUCACGGGAACUCGCAGGACAAUUUGGCGACGUACACGGAGCUAGAGUGGGCCAGUUAUGGCUUGACAGGCCGUAUUGUGAACGGGACAAAGGCGGUCUCGAAACAGUUCCCUUAUCAGGUCUCGUUGCAGAGGAGCUACAACUCCCGCCACUUCUGCGGUGGUUCCCUGAUCGACGAGUACUAUGUGCUAACAGCGGCGCACUGUAUGUUCCUAAAUGGCGAGCAAAUAUUGCCUUGGACGGUCGCGAUCGUCGCUGGGGAACUUCAGCUCGACACCCAGACCAAGGCUGGACAGAGGAGAGGCGUCGACGAGAUCUACGUUCAUUCUGAAUUCAAUUCCAGCACUCUGCAGAACGACGUUGCCUUGCUCCAUCUGAAGGUUCCGUUCAAGCUGACCGAAGAGAUCACGCCUAUACUUCUGGCGGUCGAGCCACCCAAGGCUGACACUGUGUGUCAGGUGUCUGGAUGGGGAUAUACUGCAGAGAACUAUCCCGUGGUCAGCAACGACCUCAUGUACGUGGACCUGCCGAUCGUAGAUACCGAAGUGUGCGCGAAACUUAUGGUUAACAUCACCGACAUGCUGCCCGGCAUGUUCUGCGCCGGGUACAUGGAGGGUCAAAGGGACGCCUGCCAGGGCGAUUCCGGUGGCGGCAUGAUCUGCAACGGCCAUCUGACAGGCGUCGUUUCCGGUGGCUACGGCUGCGCCCAUCCGCAAACGCCAGGCAUCUACUCGAGCGUGCUCUUCUUCGAGGAUUGGAUCCUGAAGAACAUGAAGGCCCCGGCGAUCGUGUCGAAAGACGUAGACGUCUCCGGAACCAAACAGGUGAAAUCUGAAUAACUGGAUAUUACCAACUUAUAUAAUGAUAAGAACAUCCUCAUCUUCACCGCUCUCAAUGCGCGAUCAAGCGAAUGCAGAAGCCAACUUUCAGUUAUAGUGUCAAUUAUCAAAAUGAACAAAAAAUAUAAUAGAAUCUGGUAUAAUAUUCUUAUUGAAAUAUAAUGAAAAAAAAAUAUAUAUA